AUGCUUCUGCUGUUGUGUUUUGUCCUUUCGGUCGCACGGCCUGCCGUUUCGGCAGGAAAGGUUUUCAGCGAGAGGCCUCGCUGUUACCGGCCUGUCCCUCGGAAACCAGACUGGGGAGUCAAAACCGCACCUCGGCCACACGAGAUCCUCAACCUGGUCCGGCUGCCGAAGACUUGGGACUGGAGAAACGUGAAUGGCGUCAAUUAUGUCAGCGCGACCCGGAACCAGCACAUCCCCCAGUACUGCGGGUCCUGCUGGGCCCACGGCAGCACCAGUGCCAUGGCAGAUCGCAUCAACAUCAAGCGUAGAGCGGCGUGGCCUUCAGCCUACCUGUCGGUCCAGCACGUGCUGGAUUGCGCCGACUCGGGCACGUGUCACGGGGGCGACCACGGCGGCGUGUGGGCGUACGCCCACAAGAAAGGCAUCCCGGACGAAACCUGCAACAACUACCAGGCCAUUGAUCAGAAAUGCCAUCCUUUCAAUGCCUGCGGGACGUGCGUGACUUUUGGGAAGUGCGACAAAGUGGCCAACUACACUCUGUGGAGAGUUGGCGACUACGGAGCCAUCGCGGGGCGGGACACCAUGAUGGCGGAAAUCUACACGAGAGGACCAAUCAGCUGCGCAAUCAUGGCCACAGAGAAUCUAGACGUGUACACCGGUGGGUUGUACACGGAAUACGUCGAGGAUCCCGAGAUCAACCACAUAGUGUCGGUGGCCGGCUGGGGGGUGGAAAACGGCACUGAAUACUGGAUCGUACGCAACUCCUGGGGGGAGCCUUGGGGCGAGAGUGGCUGGCUGAGGAUCGUGACCAGUUCCUACAAAGGAGGUAGCGGCUUUCUCUACAACCUGGCUUUGGAGGAAGACUGCAUGUACGGGGAUGUUGUUGUACCAACAAAAUAUUAGAUCUUGA